UGUAAAUAAUCACUUAAAGAAUGUACGUAAGGCCAGGCGUGACUAAUCGCACCCGAUAGCUGCCUCUUGUCCUGCCAGCCACCGUUCCCCGUUCUUCCUUAGAAGCUCACUUAGAGCCCGGCACCGUGUCUCCUAGCGGUUUGCGGCACCUCCAGACAAAUGGGUAGGAUGCAUUUCACUACUGACGUGAAAUGAAAUAGUGCUCUCCCUGCAGAACGGCGAAAGCCCUUUUUAUUCGUGAGACGGAAAGCUCAAUUUACCACGAGAGGUGACAUAUAUCGUUAUCUCGCGUUUUGGGAGGGUUGACAUUGAGAUGGGGUGUCCAUAGUAACCGACACCUGCAGCGGAUGCAAACAAACCGCGAGCGUCCUCGCUUUGAAGGCCGGCGCGUGGAGCAUGACUCGCAUGUGAACCGGGCUGGACAGACGGAGGGAGACGCGCGCAUCGUCCCCUUAUACCCGCAGCGGCGCUAGCAAGCCCCCCGCAUAGCAUAAACUGCAUCACACGUUUAUUAAUAAUUCAGCGAGGCGGACAAGUCAGUGCGCGGCUCAACCCGACCUAGCGGCGUCUUCCCGAUUAUUUUAUACAGGAGCCACAAAGAUACCCGCGAAUGGAUCGAUCUGCGUCUUAAAACGAUGAAUGCAGCCGGUUUACUCACGCUAAGCGUUUCAGCAUCCAACAGAUCGAUAGUCCGUCGGAAACAAGAAGGGAGGCGGGAAACACACAUUCGCCCGCUAUAACACUGUAUAAUAAAACUCGUGUGACCUGCUAUUUUAGCUGGGCGGAUAAUCGCAGGUUUCCCCAUCUCGUGUUGGCUCGGCGGUACCUUUUGACCACUUUUUGAUACAUACGAUCGGUUUCCAUACCUCUCCCAUUUCUCUCUUAAGCCCGUCUCCAUUUUUUAAUGAAGGGUUAGCCACCUUCACACGAAAUGCUACCCGGCUCCAUUCAGAUAACCGGAGAGGCGCUCUCGGGGGCUGAAAUUAAGGAUAUCUGCGACAGCCUGAAAGAGAACAGCGUAAGGCUGCUGUCGGUGCGGGGCUGCCAGCUUUCGGACCGCGACUUCGGACGGGUCUGCCGCGGGGUCGCAGACUCUCACUCCUUGGCACAGCUCAACCUCAACCUCGGCGUGGUGUCUAGCAUCGGUCGGGUGAAGCAGCUGGCCGAUGCCCUCAAGACCAACCGAUCCGUUCAGACUUUGUUCCUGCACGGCAGCCCGCUGCUGGACGCCGGGCUGGUCGCCCUAAACUCGGCUCUGUCGACGCACCCGUCGCUGGUGUCUUUGGACCUGGGGGACUGCAUGCUGGGCGACGAAGCCGUGCAGCUCAUCUGCGGCAUGCUCCCUCCCGACGGGGCGAAAUCAGGUAGGUGGAGAUACUCAGAUAGCCUUCCUAGGAAAAGCAUGAUGGCCUCUGACCUCUCCCCAGGUCUGAGGGAGCUGACUCUCAGCGCAAACCCAGCUAUCACAGGCAAAGGCUGGGCGAGGCUGGCCAUCGCCGUGGCCCACAGCUCGCAGCUCCGGGUCCUGAACCUGGACUACAAUCCCCUGGGAGACCAGAUCGCGGGGAUGCUGGCGGUGGCUGUGGCAUCCAGCAGGACCCUGGAGGUGCUGGACUUGGAGGGAACCAGUCUAACGAACCAGUCUGCGCAGAUCUUCCUGGACAUGGUGGAGAACUACCCCACCUGUCUGCGGGUGCUAGUGCUGGCUGAGAACGCCAUCAGCCCCGAGCUGCAGCAGCAGAUCUCAGAUCUGCUGUCGGAGGGCGAGGAGGACGACGACAAGGAAGGGGAGGCACGGGGAGUAGGUGGAAUUUCCAGGGAGAAGACCACCUGGCUCCCACACAGCAACUCCAGCUCCCAGAUGGUCCUGGUUACCUCCGGCCUGGGCGACAGCCUGCUAGCAGAGACGGAGAUGUAGCAUCACAAGGUCACCUGCCUGCGAGCAACCAAUCACUUUGCAUGACCUUUAGCACUUGUACAUAGAAGUUGUCUAACUGGCACAAACCUUGAACACCAAGUGACUUACUCUACUUCGUAAUCUAUUUAUUUUCAAGAUGUACAGUAUUUAUAACUAGAAAUUUAAAAUUUACAUAUCUGCUGAAAUGUAUGCUCAGAUAGCUCACCUAAUUAAGGCUGUUAUGGUCCCAUGUCAGAAUAAAGCACUUAUUUAGUUCUCAAUUAAUGUGUAAG